AUGGCAGGCCGCAGCAGCAACAGCAGCAGCAGCAGCAGCAGCACCAAGAUUUUCCCACUGAUACGCGCACGAGGGCCGUUCCCGCUGGACAAUGCUUGCUCAGCUCCCCAUAAUGUCGGAUGCCCGAGGAAAUACCUACAUAUGCAGGUUCUCCUGCGCAGCAGCGGCAGCAGUAGUAGUAGUAGAAGCGCGUCCGGCUGUUAUGCGCAUGGCGAUCGAACAUUGGCAGCUUCUUCGACAUGCCGCCAAACCAUGGCUCGGACGAGAAGCGAAACUUUGGUCGUGAUCAGCAGCAGCAGCAGCAGCACCCAGGGCCCUGGCCCGUCAGAGCAACAACGCCAUGACGUAAACGAGAAAGCGGUAGCGAGGAAAGGGAAGGUGGACCCCUUCGGCUCGCAGGCGGCGUGA